GGGGAGAAGGCGGCGGAGAAGGCGAAGCCCGCUAAGGCGGAGGAGGCCAAGGGGAAAGCAGCAAAGCCCGAGGAGGCCGCGGAGGAGGGGCCACCAAAAUAUACAAAAUCAAUUUUGAAGAAGGGUGAUAAAACCAACUUUCCGAAGAAAGGGGACACUGUUCAUUGCUGGUAUACGGGAAAACUACAGGAUGGAACGGUCUUCGAUACCAAUGUUCAAACCAGUUCAAAGAAGAAGAAAGCAGCCAAACCUCUAAGUUUCAAAGUUGGCGUAGGAAAAGUAAUCAGAGGUUGGGAUGAAGCUCUCUUAACAAUGAGUAAAGGAGAGAAGGCUCAACUGGAAAUCGAACCCGAGUGGGCGUAUGGCAAGAAAGGGCAGCCCGAUGCCAAGAUUCCGCCAAAUGCAAAGCUUUUCUUUGAGGUGGAAUUGGUGGAUAUCGAAUGAAACGAAGGGUUUCCUGCGCUGCUGGGAGUCCAUUUACGAUCAAGAAAGCUUCUGCCAACUGCAGUGUUGCUCGCGUAACUUCAGGAUAGAGUUACAACUGUGGCCUUGUACUGAAACCACCGUCAUCGUCCCUGCCCCCCGACUGCUGUACAGUAACGUACCACUAAAGAAAACAUAGUUUAUACAUG